AGCAAAUGUUUGCCAUGUUUUGCUUCUGUUGUCUCUCAGUUUAGUUUCAGAUUCAGUCUUCACCAGUUUACCACAGUUAUUUGGAGCCGUCAUGUCUCGGGGGUCAAGCGCAGGGUUUGACCGCCAUAUCACCAUCUUCUCCCCGGAGGGAAGACUCUACCAAGUCGAGUAUGCCUUCAAAGCCAUCAACCAGGGAGGACUGACCUCUGUAGCCGUCAGAGGGAAGGACUGUGUUGUGAUCGUCACACAGAAGAAAGUCCCUGAUAAGCUGUUGGAUGCCUUGACAGUCACACAUCUCUUCAAAAUCACAGAGAACAUUGGCUGUGUCAUGACCGGCAUGACUGCUGACGGCAGGUCUCAGGUACAGAGGGCCCGGUAUGAAGCAGCUAACUGGAUGUAUAAGUACGGCUAUGAGAUCCCUGUGGACAUGUUGUGUAAACGCAUGGCUGACAUCUGCCAAGUCUACACGCAGAAUGCUGAGAUGAGGCCACUAGGAUGCUGUAUGAUAGUGGUUGGAGUGGAUGAAGAGAUGGGUCCACAGCUGUAUAAGUGUGAUCCAGCCGGCUACUACUGUGGCUUUAAGGCCACAGCAGCUGGAGUCAAACAGACAGAGGCCACCAGCUUCCUGGAGAAGAAAGUCAAGAAGAAGCUGGACUGGACCUAUGAGCAAACUAUAGAGACGGCUAUCUCAUGUUUGUCAACCGUACUGUCCAUUGACUUCAAGCCCUCAGAGCUGGAGGUGGGAGUCAUCACUACACAGGAACCAAGAUUCAAGAUCCUGUCGGACUCUGAGAUUGAUGUUCACCUGGUGGCUUUGUCUGAGAGAGAGUGAAGAAAGUUGGCAGCCAUUUUGUAGCCGUCAUCAUUACAUGGAUGAUGAACGGCGAACACAGGAAAGCCCCACCUCCCUCACACAAAAGUCUUGUCUAGAAGGAAGAUAAAGGAGGAGCUGGUAUCAUCUUGUUGACAACAAAGUGAGGUUGAGACAAAACAAUACAGAACAAUAUGGCCAUUUUAUAGCAGGUGGGUAGAAUAUGUUACCCAGCUGCACUGUCAGUGUUCCCAUCAUGCAACCUGCCCCUCCUCCAUCCUCCCUGGUCAGGGCCAGGACCUGACAAGACACAAUAUUAUCCACAUAUCGACCCCUUCCUGCAUUUUCCUUCUGGCCACACUGAGACAUCGUCGUUGCAGCCGGCUGCCAAAUGUCACAGAGCCUGGACAGAUGCCGGACAUUGACAUCAGUCCACCAGAUAUGACACAGGAGCCUGACAUGCUCCUUGGUCGUGAUGUUCCAGACAGGUGUUAACCACAGUGCCCUCUCUGUAUGCAGCUCAGCUCAAAUGUCUGGAAGAUGGAGGUGUGGUAACACUACAACAACGGCACAAUACCUCUUUUAAGUAUGAACUCAGUGGUCCAGUAGCAUCUUGAGUCACUGUAUUUAAAACAGUGCUUCCUAACCAUCUUUACUCAGGGCUGCCACAACUUGUACUUUUUGAAUCUGUCUCGUUUUAUUCAUCUGCCUCAGUCUCUCCUCUCUACUCGUCAUUAGCUCCAGGAUGAUGUUUAUGCUCUGAUGUACUUUGUGAUAACCCAGGGAACAGCUGUGGGAAUUCUCCCGUUGUGACAGUCAUCAUCAGUCACACCCCUGUUUAGGUCUACUCAGGUCAAUGUCAGUGGGAAGUCGCUAAGUAUAUUCCUUUCUUUCCAUUGUGUCUUGACCCUCCUCCCAUCUGCUGCCAUUGCUGUACAAUACAGCACUUCUAUUAAACACAAUGUUUUUAAGGAA